AUGGCUACGUUAUAUUCACAACACUGGAGAUUGCACCUCGCCCACACCACACGCCAUGGCCCGUCCGCGUCAGAUGUGACAAUAUCCCGAGAAUGCCUUCUAGAGUCAUGGACGGCAUCCUUCUCCCCGGAAAGUGACCAUUACAUCAUCCUCUUCGAAGUAGCAGUAGGAGAUGAUGACGAACCACUGCGGUUCCCUCGCCCUCGUACACCCAUUUAUGCAUGGAAGAAAGCGAAAUGGUCUCGCUUUAGAUAUAUGUCAAACGCACAGUGCGACAAACGCCUUAAAGAGAAACAGAGCGUUCACAAGAGAGAACGACUACUGACCUCCGCCAUCCAAAUCGCAACAGCUGCGGCGGUUCCACGCGGGGAUCGAGAUACUACUCCUUAUUGGAUCCCAGAAUUAGAAGAAAUCGAAGAAAAGAUUCACAAUUGUAAACCUUAUGUCUCCCGAGACAGACUGGUAGUUCGCAGAAGGGAAUUGCCAAGACAAGCAUCUCAUAAGAGAUGGAAAACCCUCUGUAAUAACAUGUCCGUGGAAGACGGCUGCUGUUGGAACAUUUUGAAAAGGAUUUACGCCCCAUGCCCCCUCAGGAACCCGGCGAUAAAGAUUAAGAAUACGGCACUCACAUAA